CGUAAGUAGCACUCAGAUAACAACCAAUCAUUCUUGAGGAAGCGCACAGUGAAAUUUGCAUCUAGUUGGUAUAUACAUUUCACCUUCCCAGUGGUGCAGCAUUAUCGCUGAGUUUUCGAGAAAUAUUCGGUCAUGCCUGAAGUUGUGAAAGCGCCCAAGAAGGGCUCCAAGAAAGCCGUGUCUAAGGCCGUCAGCAAGAGCGGCAAGAAGAAGAGGAAGACCAGGAAGGAGAGUUACGCCAUCUACGUGUACAAGGUGAUGAAGCAGGUCCACCCCGACACCGGCAUCUCCUCCAAGGCCAUGGGCAUCAUGAACUCGUUCGUGAGCGACAUCUUUGAGCGCAUCGCCGGUGAGGCCUCUCGUCUGGCUCACUACAACAAGCGCUCAACCAUCACCUCCCGGGAGAUCCAGACCGCCGUCCGCCUGUUGCUGCCCGGCGAGCUGGCGAAGCACGCCGUGUCUGAGGGAACCAAGGCCGUGACCAAAUACACCAGCUCCAAGUAGACCUCAUCUAGACCACCAACUCAACGGCUCUUUUAAGAGCCACACACUUCUACUAAAGACCAUCUCCUGAUGCUGUAACC